CGCAGUCACAAGAUUGGGACAUGAAGCCUUGUUGUUUGCAAGAGCUCUCGAAGAGAUCUGAAGAGACUCGCUCCAAAGCUGUGUGAAGACCUUCAUCAAAAGGAACCGACAGUCCAAAGCAAUCGAUCCUUCAUGUUUGUUUUUGGUAUUCCUCUGCAACAAUGGACUUUGAUGUAAGAUCUGAUCUACUUUGUGUGAUUGUUUGAUGCAUGCGCUUCAGCUGAUCAUUUUGGGGCGGCUACCACCGCCGUUUUGCGGACUGUCAAGGGCCAAUACCGCAAUGGCCAAAAAGGACAGUGGAAAGUCAGUCCUGGAUUUGGAGAGGUACUUGAACCAGCCAGUGAAAGUCAAGUUCACUGGCGGGCGGGAAGUAAAAGGAAUUUUGAAAGGACACGACGCAGUUGCAAAUUUAGUGCUGGACGACGUUCAGGAAUAUUUGCGAGACCCUGAAGACCCCUACAAGGUCUCUGAUGAGACUAGGACCCUGGGCUUGGUGGUCGCGCGAGGUACCUCAGUCAUGCUGAUUUGUCCUGUGGAUGGAACGGAGGAAAUCGCCAAUCCUUUCGCAAGUGCCUAGGUGCAAUUCAGAGCUUCUGAACCGGCCAAAGAGAGAAGCAAGGCUGUGUGCAGAGAGAUAUGUGAGAUGCAGGGCGCAUCAUGAGAGCUACAAAGAGGCAGUAUGUCACACUAUGUUCCUCAGAAUCUAUUUCACAAGUAUUUGGCACACCUUAGAAGUGACGUGAGAUUUGAGUUUAAGUGGC